UUUGACAUCAGCUCCAUCUAAGUGGCUCAUUGCUUCUGGUUGAGCUUUCCGCCACAGCUGGAAAGCACUGAGACUAUGGCCUUUCUCUCCCAACUAGAUCUGCAGGAAGCUCUCCGAGUAUUUGCUGUAUCUCAGUGGAUUCCAGUCUAUGCAAUUUUAGGAUGUAUUUCCUUCUUCGGUAUACCCUAUUCCAUCCUGUUCGGUAAAUUAUGGCCCUUGACUAUUCUCUGCUUUGCCUGGCUUGCCUAUGAUUGGAAAACCCACACUCAAGAUGGUAGGCGUUCAGAUUGGGUACGAAACUGGACCCUCUGGAAGUAUUUCCAAAGCUACUUCCCAGUAAAGCUGGUGAAGACUCAUGACCUUUCUCCCAAACACAACUACAUCAUUAUCAACCAUCCCCAUGGUAUUCUGUCUUUUGGUGCCUUCAUCAACUUUGGUACUGAGGCCACUGGCUUUUCCAAGUUGUUCCCUUCUAUAACUCCCUAUUUAGCAACAUUGGAAGGGAUCUUCUGGUUCCCAUUUGUACGAGAUUAUGUGAUGUCCAAUGGUAUAUGUCCAGUGAGUGAAUUGUCCCUGAAGUAUAAGCUGACCCAGAGAGGCUCAGGCAAUGCUGUGAUCAUUGUGGUGGGCGGAGCUAAUGAAGCCAUCUUGACCAGCCCAGGAGUCUCCAUACUCUACCUAAAAAGUCGUAAAGGUUUUGUGAAGCUGGCACUGAAGACAGGAUCAUACCUUGUCCCUUCUUACUCCUUUGGUGAGAAUGAGGUUUUCAACCACACAAUCUUUCCUGAAGGCACAUGGCUAAGGUUUUUCCAAAAACACUUCCAGAAAACUGGCAAAAAGCUCUUCGGCAUAAAUUUCUGUACCUUCCAUGGCAGGGGCUUCACUCAGAAAUCCUGGGGCUUUGUUCCUUUCAAACAUCCAAUUACCACUGUUGUUGGAGAACCCAUUCCAGUCCCCAAAAUCAGUGAUCCCGACAAUGAGACAGUGGAAAAGUACAGUGAACUUUACAUCAGUGCCAUACGAAAGCUGUUUGACCAACACAAAGCUGAAUUCGGCUACUCUGCGACCCAGGAGCUGACAAUUAUAUAACAUGAGUAAAAAUCUCUGUAACUAAAGCUCAAAUACAUAAAGGAUCCAGAUAAAGCCACAGGGAAGGAAGAAUUUGGGGAGAGACGCAGAUUUUAAAGAUGUGAACACAGGCCAACCAAGCCAGAAGUGCUGAAUGAAUUGGCAAUACUGCAAUCGAAUCCCCACUUCAGUAGUUAAGACAAUUUUGGGAAUGGGGAGACAGGAAAGGACUGGUGAGGACUGACUAGUAGAGGGGGUAGCUUGUUAUUUUAUGACAAUAAACUAAGUUCACUCUCAUCAACUCUCUAAUGAAAGUAAUGAGAAGACAAGAUACUCUUUGCCCUUUCCCUACAAACCUUAGCGACAUUGUCAGUAUUUAGGCGUAAGCUUAGAAGCUUUACUUAGAACAGAAAUUGUUUGCAUACUCCAAGGCCAGGCCCUUGCCUUCUGAUGUAAGGACUGGGUAAACUGAAGACCUGAACUGUGGCUUCCUAAUUCAAACAGACAAUACUCCCUCAAUUGUGCUGGUAGUCCCAUGG